UACCCACGAGGCUGUUCGGUUCAAGGUUGGUGAGAGAAGCUCAGACAAGAGACGUGGUUACAUUAGCUCUAAAAGCUCGCAGUUACCGGUGCAACAUGCUUGGUCAAGCCGUGCGCAGAUUCACCACCUCUGCUGUCCGUGCUUCUCACUACGCUGAGGGACCAGGACAGAACCUGCCGUUCUCCGUAGAGAACAAGUGGAAGUUGCUGGGGAUGAUGGUGCUGUUCUUCGGCAGUGGCUUUACUUUCCCCUUCAUUGUAGUCAGGCACCAGAUCCUGAAGAAGUGAAGCGCUUGUCUAAUAUGGUCAUUGUGAAUGUCUCCACAGCGGCUCUCUUCAUUCUUCAGACGGGGUUCCCUUAAUGCUGAUUUGUAAAUAAAAUGAUAUAAUGUUG